CUCCUCCUGAUGCGGAGAUCUCACAUUUGUUUUCAGAAAUUUGCAAAAAAAAAAAUAAAUAAAAAAUUAAAUAGCCCUUUAAAUUCUCCUGACAAACAAAAAUAAAGAAAGUUGAUCCAAUUUUAGCUUCAUUCUUCAUUUCAAUCAAGUUCUCUGUGUAUAUGCACACAUGUAGUUACAUAGUUGACGACACUGUACAUUUCUGUGUAUGUACAUAUUGAAAGGCUUGAUCUUUUGCAGCCUGAUUUGUAGAAACAGUUAGGGUUUGUAUUCUCGAUCUGACUUGUAUCAAUUUUGGCUGGUUCUUUGAGGAUUAACUAAAAACGAGCGUUUUCUGUACCGACUGGGUUUGUAUAAUUGUAUGUUAGUGUAUAGAGUGGGGUAGUUUGUUGAGCUAGGGUUAGAAUCAUGGCGUUGGGACCCGGGAAUGGGGAUCAUGUGGAGUCAUUUUGCAACUCAAUACAAGUAAUCAAGAACGUGUUAUCUCCGAUUGAGUCGAGUAUAAGGAAAGUUGCAAAGGAUUUUGAGCAGAAAUGGCCUGGUUUCAAGGUUGAUAGCACAAGUGUGAAGAGAAAUAGUAAGAUUAUAGGUGGUUCUGGUGAGAAAAAGAAGAGAUUUGCAGUGAAGGUGCCAAAUGAUGUGUUUGUAGGGCCAUUUUGGGCCGGGAAAGGGUUGAAAGAGAAAAAAAGUGAUGGGGAUUGUUUUGACUGUUCACAGUUUUUGGUGGCUUGGUCUUUGUUGAUGAAUAAGGUUGGGAAAAAGCUGGUUCAGAAGAUGAUUACUGAUGAAGUUAGGAAACAAGAAUCAAAUGAUAGAGCUGUUAUGGUAUCUUGUGAUGAAAGAUUGGGUCAAAAACAAGGGAAAAUUUUAUCACUUGAGUGGUUUAUGGGGUUCUUGUAUGAUCAUCUAGCUCAGAAUCAUGAAAAACAUGAUUCUUGUGGUUUUGGGAAGGGAUGUCGUUAUGCUGACCUCGAAGAUCCAGUUUCUCCUGCUGUAAAUCAAUUCGAUCAUUUGAAGGCCCUUGCUAGUGUUUUCGAGGGCAAGAACGAAUUUUUAGGGAACUUGAAGUUUGCAAGAGUGGGCAGUGUCCCUUCGAGUGGCGUUGGAGUAUCUUCUCCUGUAACUGAAGACAGAGACAAUGAAAUCGAUAGUUCGAGUCCUCUUGAAAAUGGUGGGGACAAUUCACCACAAAGAUUGGGCAAUGGGUUGCUUAGUAUUCCCUUGUCAAAUAUUGAGCAGUUGAGAUCAACUCUUUCCACUGUUUCAUUGUCUGAACUAGUCGAGUUCUUGCCUCAGUUAGGUCGACCUUCUCAGGACCAUCCCGACAAGAAGAAACUAUUUUCGGUUCAGGAUUUUUACAGAUACACAGAAGCUGAAGGAAGGCGGUUCUUUGAGGAGUUGGAUAGAGAUUGUGAUGGCCAAGUGACUUUGGAAGAUCUCGAAGUAGCCUUGAAUGACAGGAAACUUCCUAAGCAAUAUGCUCAUGAAUUUAUGCGCCAUACAAGAAGUCACUUGUUUUCGAAAUCUUUUGGUUGGAAACGGUUUCUGUCUUUAAUGGAACAGAAGGAGCCAACCAUUUUGCGGGCUUAUACUAGUCUUUGCUUGCGUAAGUCGGGGAUGCUACAGAAAAGCGAGAUAUUGGCCUCAUUGAGAAAUUCUGGGGCUCCAGCAAACGAAGACAAUGCUGUUGCCAUGAUGCACUUUCUAAAUGCAGAUAGAGAGGAGUCCAUCUCCUAUGGACAUUUCCGGAAUUUUAUGGCCUUGUUACCAUCAGACAGAUCACAAAAAGACCCUCGAAGCGUCCAGUCUGAGCCUAAAGAGAUGCCCGCUGGAAAUGUUCUGAAAUCAGCAUUGGCGGGAGGUAUUUCUUGUGCACUGUCCACGGCAUUAAUGCAUCCUAUUGAUACUGUUAAGACGAGAGUACAAGCAUCUACACUUACCUUCCCACAAAUCAUGUCCAAGCUCCCGGAAUUUGGAUGGAAAGGGUUAUACAAAGGAUCUACGCCAGCAAUUCUAGGACAAUUUUUUGGCCAUGGCUUGCGGACUGGAAUUUUUGAAGCAAGCAAGCUUCUGGUGAUAAAUAUUGCUCCCACCCUUCCAAAUAUGCAAGUUCAAUCCACGGUGUCAUUCUGCAGCGCUAUACUUGGGACAGUAGUCCGAGUGCCAUCCGAAGUGUUGAAGCAAAGAUUGCAGGCUGGUCUGUUUGACAAUGCAGGGGAAGCACUUAUCGGUACUUGGAAGCAAGACGGUCUCGAGGGUUUCUUCCGGGGGACCGGAGCUACUCUCCUCCGUGAGGUUCCAUUUUACGUUGCGGGCAUGGGCCUCUACGCUGAAUCUAAAAAGGCAGCUCAACGGCUUUUAGGGCGAGAGCUGGAGCCGUGGGAAACAGUGGUUGUCGGGGCUGUAUCUGGAGGCCUAACCGCUGUUCUGACAACACCAUUCGACGUGAUCAAGACCAGAAUGAUGACUGCUCCCCAAGGCCAGGCUGUCUCGAUGUCAAUGGUAGCGUUUUCUAUAGUGCGUAAUGAGGGCCCCCUCGUGCUGUUUAAAGGAGCAGUUCCCCGGUUUUUCUGGGUCGCUCCUCUCGGUGCAAUGAAUUUCGCUGGCUACGAGCUUCUCAGAAAAGCUAUGGGCUAAAACGAGGCAAAACUGGCUCGAUUCAUCCCUUUUUAACUUGGCUCUGUCGAAAUCUCCGAUUCUCUGGUAAAAACUAUGAUGUUUUGAGCAUAGCAUUUGUUGUAAAAACUGUAAAUUGCCAUUGAGAAAUGGUGUGUAUGUUCCCAUAGAGAAAGGUCAGAGGUCAUUUGUUGGUGUUUGUGUGAAAAAGUUGGUUGAAUGACUUUGUUAAAAGUUUAACACUUUAGUUAAGUUAGAUGCAUCAUUGGUUAUUGGUUAAUGACUUUGUUUGUAUGUGUUCAUACAUAA